CCAAAUAUUUGGUACAGUAGGCCUGUCCUCAUUUUCUCAUCAGGUAUUAUUGUGGCCCCCCAUUUUAAAUUCGGUUCUUUUUUCUUCCUUCCCAACGCCAAUUUGUCUUUCCUACGUAUUUGUCUUUCCCAACUUUAGUUGGAGUAACCACAUGGUCUCAUGAAACAUGCAUGACGCCAAGCACAGGUCGCUCCGCGUCUGCAACAGAAAAUUCACUACUUUUCUCUAGGACUCAAUUUCUUUACUCUGCUUCUUGCUCUUUGAUUAUACAUGGUUUCAUGGAAAAUACAAGGCAGACCCUGUAAUGGGUGUGUUUCCCCUUGUGUGAUUAGUAGUUUAUGCCUGAUCGCGGGCUGUCUUUUACUGUUCACUUGAAUAAGUUAUGCCACGGAAUCUGAUUCUCGACAAUUCAAAUUUGUGAUGCAAUGGUUUCGAGAUUUAGGUGUUAAAAAUUUGAAAUGUCUCCCGUCUGCCAUGCAAUUCAAAAUGUUGAAUUUUCUCAUUUCUUAUCUAUUGCACCGUAUUAAGCCUUAAUGUCAAAAGCAGCGAAAACAUGUUCUUACGCCUUAAUGUCAAAAGCAGCGAAAACAUGUUCUUACUCCUUUGUACCAAUCCUGGUUAUAUUUUGAAUACCUGUCAUUGAAAUUGUGAGGUUGGUCAUCCUUCUAUUUUACUGAAAUCCAUGUAAAAAGCCUAGUGUCAGACAAUUUAGACUAAGAUCAUGAGCAAUCUUUUAAAACAACCUACCUCCAACUUUAUUUAAAAUUGAUUUUAUUUGAGUUGAGAACCCAUUAUGAUGAUUUUGAAAUACAUUCAUUCCUCUCCUUUUUGUUUCAUUUCAAUCCAAGUCCUUUUAAGUUUUAACCCAUAAAUCAAAAGAACCAAUUUAAGUGAAAGAUUAUAUUUGACUAUAACCAUGAGCAUUCCUUUGGCAUAGUGUAGUUCAAAUCCAAUACUAAAUUGAUCUUGUUUUAUUGGAGCUCACGUCUACUUCUCUUUUACAUUUCAUUUCAAUCCAAAUCUCUCUUCCAUAAGUCAAAGAGAACCAAUUUCAGUGUGAUCCGCUCAUCUUGUAGUCACUGUUGCGCAUUACAGGUCCAAUCCACCUGGGAAGUGCAGUUAAUUGAUAAUUGGAAUAGCUAAUCCAAAGGGCCAUAUGCUAGGUUGGAUAUGUUCUGUUGGUAUUGGUACCAUAUGCAUAUAUGUAUUGUGGAUUCCAGCUGAUAAAAAGCUAUUAGUGCCUUAGUGUGAUUCUAACACAAACACGUCUGCAAAUUUUGUUGGUUUAUGGAGAUUGGCAACAGCAGGAGCCUAGGCUUCAGGGUUGAAAUGUUUUUGGGUCCUGAAGAUGAUGAAGUGGACCCAACCCUGGGCCCCCUAUCCAACUCCCAGGAAAGAACAUCCAAAGGAUUGAGGCCAGCAUACGAAGUGGAAAUCUUGUAUGGAAGCCCAGCCCAAAUAACUAGCUUGGGGAUUGGGGGUUUGGGGCAUUGGGGCCUUGAGGGAGGUUAGUUAAUUCAGUUGAGUUGAACAAGUAAAAGGAAGCUAAUUAUAGGGAGGACAUUGACUGGAAGAUUGUGUCGUGAAAGUUGAAACAGAGCUGUCUGUGACCCUGUUUUUCUCAACCUCCCAUUGUGAGGUGUGGCACCAGCUCAUCCCAUUCCCAUGCAAUCCAUCUCAAUCCUCCAAAGUCGAUACCCUCCUCCCUCCCCUCAGUACCGCUCCUCAUCUCUCCAUGGAGGAGCGGGUUCCACCAGUUACCAAUGCCAAUGGAAAUACUGACCUCUUCCCCGAUUCCCAAAACAUCUUCCGGUCGGGCACUUAUGUUGUCCAAGUCCCCAAAGAUCAAAUCUACCGCGUUCCACCGCCUGAAAAUGCUUUGAUUGCAGAACGCCAUCGUUCCCCUGCUCAGAAGAAAAAGUCCUAUCGUUCUCGCUGUUUCAUUCUCUGCAUCCUCAUUUGCAUCAUUGCCGUUAUUGUUGCCAUAGCAGCCGCCGUUUCCUCUCGAGUUCUUCAUCCUAAGAGUCCCAUAUUCCACAUUCAGCAUCUCGUGGUUACCAAGUCCUCCCAUUCCCGUCCACAAUAUAAAAUCACGUUAAAAGCAAAAAAUCCCAAUUCCCAUACUGGCAUCACCUACGAGGCUGGUGGUCAUGCUUCUCUCUCUUUCAAAAACCAUGAAAUAGCAGAUGGAGAUUGUCCGACUUUCUCCCAAGGCCAGAAGGACUCCACAGUCUUUGUUGUACCACUAAGUGGCUCGAAGAGUGCAUUGCCUAAAGAGAUUGAGAGGAGCAUCAAAAGCCAAAAUUCAACAGCACACACCUCUCUUUCUCUGUCUCUGUCAAUGGAUUAUCCUAUCAAACGAAGAGUUUGGUUGUUCAAAAGGGGUAAGCGACUUGCUGUUUUAUGCAAUGUAACAGUGGAUACGUUGGCAAAGGGUACCCGUGUCCUAUCCCAGGAAUGUCAUAGCUAAAGCCAACCCUACACAAAUAUGUGGGCUGACUGCAGAGGCAGCCAUGUGAUGGAGGUGGUAAUUGUACCCAUCUGAACCUGUUUUCUAUAAUAAUCUUUCCUUUUUGGGUCCUUUUCCACUUUUUUAUUUUCAUUCUAAAAUCCGGACAUUGUGAAGAGAUGAUAAUGAGCUUAUACUUGUGAUCUUGUCUUUUGAUCCUGAAAUCUUAUAAUUUAUCCGUGUGGCUCAAAUCUAGCAUCGAGACAUUUGUCUCCUUUUUUUUCUUUUUAAUCCCUUUGCCUUUACCUUUUUAUUGCAGGUGUUGUACAUUAAUUGCUUUCAUCCACUGUAAACAUUUUUCUUCAUAUAUA